GCAGUGUGCAUGUGAGCGCGGCUGAGCUAGCUGAGCUCCUUACCCUAGCAACCGUUACUAACGCCAUCAUUUCCACACGUGAGACUCCUCCUCGAAGGUUGCAUUGUAAACAAAAGCUGUCGCAGGCAAAUGGAAAGCGCCAGCGAGUGCUGAUUAUCAUCGUGGCCGUAACUUCCCGGGCGGGCUAUAACACCGCACCGUGUCCUGUUCUCUUGGCAGAAUCAGCGCUGAUCAACGGACCGAAAUAAUCAACAAAACUUUCAUGACAUUUGAACAUUUGUUAUAGAUUUCUAGAAAUGGAUCGACAAGAAUGACAUUAUUGUCAGGAGUGUGCGUGCUCGUUAUUUAGUUAAAAAAUAGUGAAAAGAUAAAGAGAUUUUGCAAUCUGAUCGUCUGGAUUUUGCAGUGAGAAACGAGACGAGAAAAAAAAACAAAACCAUGGCUGAGACAACUGUGCUCCGGAAUAUUUCUUCGAGUACAUCGCAUGCAUCUGGAAGACUAAUGUUGCCAUAUUUACCAACAGAACCUCCAAGAUUUAAUCCUCGUGCACUUUCUUAUUCCAUGGCCCUUCAGAGUGCUCCUUACACGGCUCUCCGGGGUGUUGUAGUCGAUGGAAGACAACCACCAAGACAUCCCGAGUCUCCACGCUACAGGAUCAGGAAGCAGGUCGGAGGGACCAACAGGUGGAGGCUCCCGGAGUCACUCGGAGGUGAUCUUCUGGGAACUUCUCAAGCCAUUCGAUCCAUCAAUGAACCCUAUAACAAGAACACUGUUGCUAUUCUAUCAGCUGACAACCCUGCUACUACAACCAACCGCGAUCCUGACCGUCCCUAUCAGUUUCAUUCCACAGAGGGCCAUGAUAAGCCGAUGACAGCCCCUCAGUUUGCAAGCGAGAGCUGGUACAACCAGAGAGGGCCCAGUCCACAGCCUCCCGCCACCGCCCCAGUCUAUGGGAAGAAAACAACAUGUCAACCCCCUGCUCCAAUAGAGACGUUCCGACCGAUGUCUGCCAGGUCUCCCACGCCUGUUGAUAUCUUUCACUAUCAUUCAGCUCCUGUGCACAGUCUGCUCGGGCCUGACAUCUUGCUCCAGUGUCUGGAUACAAAUUGGGAGUUGCACCGUCCAUACAUCCGCAAGGCAUCCACCCUGACACAGUUGCUGCAGAAAGCUAUCGAUAAACCACACGAAGAGCUCUAUUACAGAGAUCCCAUGUCUGCAACCGUAGACCAGUAUAUCAGCAAAAGUCAGUUUUACAGCUCUGAAUAUCAGAAGAUUAGCAGAGAACAGAGUACCCGACAAGCUCCCCCAGACAGCGUCAAACAGACCUCUAAGAAAGACAUCAACCACCCAGCACACGUCGUAGCCGCUAGAACUAGUAACAUGGUGAAACUCAAGCUGAAGAUCAAAGAUCCGAUGGUCUCCAAGGAAGCUUUUGCCAUCGCCCUUGGUAACCUAUACCAUGAAGGUGUUGACCCGGAGAGGACCGAUGUGGUUGGGGUUCUAGCGUCAGGACACGCCUUGGGAUUCUCAGACCUUGAACGGAGAUGUGCUGAUAUUAUGAUGGAUGACAUACAGUCAAGUACAAUUUGUAAAUAUCAUCAGGCAGCACUCAAGUACAAGAUUGGUCAGGUUGUGAAUGCAUGUGAGCGUUGGUUAGAACUCAAUCUGGUUCCACAGUUGUCUGUUCAGAUUCAGCUGAGGCAGUUACCCAUAGAACUUCUUCAGAAGAUUAUCAAGUCAAGCAGGUUCUUUACGUUCAAUGAAUACUAUGUGUAUAAGACGCUGUGUUACUGGAUCUUCCUUCAGGAGAAUGAUCAUCUUCAGUUGAUGCCAUCCCAUAGUACCAUCGUCACCUUCUUCAACAGCAUGUCGCGCUCCAGUGCCUUCAUAGAGCAGGAGCGGGGGCAGCCGUACGCCGGCCUCUUUAUGUCGUUGAGGAUGAGUGGUAUCACCGACACCCGACACCUAGACGACAUGCUCCAGAUGAACGUCGUCCCCAGCCAGUGGAUCCUGCGAACCCUCACCUUGCAUUACCACGCCCUCCAGGGAGGGGGCGAUAUGUCCCUGAUGCAGGACUUCAAGAAGGAUGCCAUCAGACUCGGUUUCAUCAUUGAACUGGAACCUCGCUACCACUGUGAAGUAGUCUCACUGCAUGGAUUCCACUUUGAGCUGAAAGCACAGCGUGUUGGCAAACAGAACUCGUACCAGUUCUAUAUCCAGCGUCUGAAGCCCCGCGACCCUGCCCUCUCCUUCCGCGUCUGUGAGCGUCAGACGUUCUCGCUGCGGCACGAUCGGGAGGUCCUCUAUUCCAUCCGCAUCCAGUGCCGCAUCAAGGGCCAGGACUAUGCGUUCAACACGGGCAUCCUGGGAAAGCGGUUUGGGAUCGGACCCAAGACCUGCAAGAGCGAGGUCCUCACCCUGGAGGGGCUUUGCUUACCCCUCUAUGUCACCUACUCUAUUCUCUUCCCACCAUCCUAAAGAGAGAGAGGAUGGAGAGACUUAUUGACGUAUUGGACUUUAACAUCUUGAAACAACAUGUUAUGGAGGUCAAAUGUUAUGAAAAGCCAACGCAGUGGAAGGAAAAGUGAAGAUACAGAUGAUAAGACCCAAAGUUAUAUACAUGAACUAAAAAUUUGAAAAUUUAUAAUGAAUUAAUUGUGGUUAUUGAUGGGGGUAUGUUGACAAAUGGGUUUUAAGUGAAAAUGGCAAGUUUUUUUCUAUUAUUUCUCACCAGAAGAAUUCACUUGUAUUAGUUUGGUUAUUGGCCCAUAGAGCAGAAGCCGAAAAACAUUUGGUUUUCUGUUGCAAAGAAUGUGAAGAUCAUUAACUAAUGAAUAUCUAGAAAGAAUGUGAACAAAAUGGGAGGAGACAACUUCAGACAUAUAAAUGAGAAAUAAAAAAUGACCAGGCAGAUGUUCUUGUGAUUCAAGUUUAUGCAUUAUUUGUUUUAUUAUUAGUGAACAUAAUGAAGAUAAGAGCUACAUACAGGCUGAUAUGAAUAUAAGCUUUACAAGGCAACCUGAAAUAUUCUUCAUUCCAUGAUGAUAAUGAUAAAAAUAAUACUAUAAAUUUACAUAUUGCUUUGUACAGAUGUUUCUAAGUGCAGUAUAUCACCAUUAUUAUUAUCAAUGCAUGACGUUUAUCUUAUACAUCCCAUCUGUAAAGCUUGUAUUAUAGAGAGCUUUUACAAAUUUAUAAACAAAGUAUUAACGCUCAGUAUUUAAUGAGGUGUGAGGUUUUGUUUUUGUUUACAGUUAAAGACAUAAUACAAACCUGCCUUUAGCUGUGUAUGAAUGCCUGGUACUAUUUGCAUUGCAUUGAAAUUAUUUUCUAUAUAUUACACUGUAUAUUGUGUUAGUUACAAGGUAGAAACAAUUUCAAUCUAUUACUUCAUGGAUGAAAUGCUCCAAGUUUCUUACAUGUUGAUGUUGUGAAGGAUAUAUUUUGCAUUUACCAAUUAUACACAUAAAACAAAAGAAAGCAAGGCCCUGCAACACAAAGUUUAAAGAUUAAUUAUUGACUAAUUUAUUAAAAAUUGGUUGCACUGAUCGUUAUGUACAAUCAAUUAUAAAAAGCAAUAAAAUUAUCCACCAUUAGUUUAUGUUACAGGGCUCAGGAACUUUGUUAAGAGUACCUUUAAAAUGUAUUCACAUUCACAUUGCACAAUAGCUGAAUUGACAGAGUGACCAGCAUACAAAGAUUAUUUGGUGUAAGAAACUGAAAAAAUAUGUUAAAUAGAGUCAAUCAAAAGUUUUUAAAUUGUGCACUCAUCAAAGUUUUGAAUAUGAAUCGUUUGAAAUUAGAUUUAAACAAGCCAAUUCACUGUUACACUAAGCCAGUAAAUCAGGAUACAACAAUUGUCAGAAGAAAUUCCCCAUUUAACUUGUCUCAUUUGCUAUAAUUUAUGCAUCAUAUCCUCAUAAAAGCACAAUUUAAAGCUUCAGUAUGACUAGUGUAAUAAUUGAUAAAAUAUAACUAUUAUUUUAAAAACAAUGAAACAGAUGCCUUAUUACACUAAUACACAAAUGUAUUGUAGAUUUAAGUGAAAUUUUACAUAUUAACAUAAAGGAAUUAUAACUUAUGUAAUUUUUGUAGAAAACUACUUUUUGUCAUUUAUUUUACUUAGAGCAAGGGAGCAUUAAAACAAACAUAUUGUAUAUUUUUAGAGCAUAAUAUAUUAAUAUGAAUACAGGGUAAAAAACAUUAUCAACAUAUUUUAAAUGUUUACAUAUGAUAAUAUCCAGGUUUUAAUGUAAACAUCUUUUGAAUCAACUCUUCGUAGUAUUAUUUUCACUCUUUAUUUAUUUGUAUGAUUUUAGGAUUCCCUUAAUAUUGCUUAGCAAGGACUGCUUAUUUUGUAUAAUCCAAACAAAAUUUUAUUCUAAAGAUUGUUAAUACCUUAACAAAAGAAAAAUAGAACCUGUACACAAUGUAAAUAUUUUAUUAUGCCAUUUUAUUGUUUUUAUUUCUUGCAGCUGAUAUAAACAUACCCUUUUUGCAUAGGAAAGGGGAAAAUGUACAAAAGAUUUUAAAACCAAAGACGGACAGCUUUGGCAUUUUCUGUAAAUACUUUUGAUUUUGAUGAAACAGUUAGUAGCAAAUAUUUCCCCUUUCAUUGUCUAAUUUGAUUUAAUUUUCUAAAAUCUCUUCAUUCUACAGCAAAUAUUAUUAAGAACUACUCUAUUUAUCUUUAUAUUGAUUUCUGUAUCUAACUUUUCACAAUCAAAUUGUGGUUUGUGAGUGGCUGAUUUUAAUCCUUCUUGUGCAUCAAAUGCAUUGUGUGAAACAUAAUAAAAUGCAAAGCAUAAUUCCA